AUGGACGUACCUGGCAUUGCAUUGGUCACAGGCGGCGCCUCUGGCAUCGGACGCGCCUGCGCCCUGGGCCUAAUCAGAGACGGCGUCUCGGGCCUCGCCCUCCUUGACCUAAACCAACAAGACCUGGAAAAAGUCAAGUCAGAAAUUCAAGUCCGACAACGCACACUCGGCCACACCGACCCAGCCCGAAUCGAAGUCUACCCCACAAACGUCGGCGACGAAGCCCGCGUCAACGAAGUAGUGUCAAUAGUCGCUCGAACAUUUGGCCGCCUCGACUACGUCGUCAACGCAGCCGGAAUCGCAAUGAAGCACCCUGGCGGCACGGCCUUUGUCGAAACCUCCGACUGGGAUCACAUCCUCAACAUCAACCUGAACGGAACAUUCUUUGUGCUGCGCGCCGCGGCGAAGAUUAUGUUGCAGCAGGAACCGAUUCGGUCGAGCAUUGACGGGAGACCACUUCAAAGGGGGUCGAUUGUCAAUUUCUCGUCUAUCCAGGGUGUUGUUGGGAUUCCUUUGUCGACCGCUUAUACGGUGACCAAGCAUGCUGUUAUUGGGUUGACAAAGACUGCUUCGGAGGACUAUGCGAAAGAUGGGUUGAGGAUUAAUGCGAUCUGUCCGGGGUAUACCGAGACGCCUUUGACGACGAAGUCGCCGCAGAUCCUCCAGGCUAUGAAAGAAAGGGGUUGCCUCGGCCGUGCCGAUGGUUAG